AUGGACGACAAAUGCAAGGUAGAGACCUCCUUGGGGGCGGAUGAAGAGCGAUGUGACACGGCACAGGCACAAGUUGAAGACCUGAAUGGGCACUUGAAACGUGGUCUCAAGGAACGACAUCUGCAGUUCAUAGCCAUUGGGGGCACCAUCGGCACAGGCUUGUUCCUUGGUAUUGGCGCUGCUCUUGCGACAUCUGGACCUCUCUCCCUACUCCUGGGAUACUCCAUCAGCAGUGUAGCAAUAUGGAUCAUGAUGCAAUGCUUGGGAGAGAUGACUACACUGCUACCGCUGCCUGGCAUGAUCGCACAACUAGGCUCUCGUUUCAUUGACCCAGCAUUGGGUUUCGCGAUAGGAUGGAAUCAGUUCUACAAUUGUGGUAUCGCUGUAUGCUCCGAACUUUCAGCAAUAACGGUUCUCGUCCAAUACUGGGUCGAUGUCAAUCCAGCGAUAUGGAUCACUGCUAUUCUUGUACUUGUGGUCUUCUUCAACAUCUUCGCCAUCAAUAUCUACGGCGAGGCAGAGUUCGUUUUUGCCAGUAUCAAGAUCUUGGCAAUUGUUGGUCUGCUGAUCCUAGCCGUAGUUAUUGAUCUGGGGGGCGCUCCCGUACAAGGACGACUGGGCUUUCGAUACUGGGUCCAUCCAGGCCCGAUGAAUGCCUACAUCGCACAGGGAGCUGCCGGGCGAUUCCUGGGACUCUUUGCCACGCUCACCAAUGCUGCCUUCGCUUUUGGGGGUAUAGAACAGAUAGCUGUCGCGGCAGGCGAGACGAAGAACCCGACCCAGAACAUUCCCAAGGCGGUUCGCCGAGUCAUUUGGCGACUCAUUCUCUUCUACGUGGGUGGUGCACUGGCUAUUGGAGUGCUUGUGCCUUCCAAGAACCCGGGACUACUGUACGGAAAAGGCGUUGCAAAGUCACCCUACCUGAUCGCCAUCCAGAAUGCCGGCAUACCAGUUCUGCCCUCGAUACUUAACGCCGUCAUCAUCAGCUCGGCAGCGUCCUCAGCAAACGCGAACCUCUACGGUGGAUCUCGAUAUCUCUAUGCUCUGGCAGUGCAGGGUCAAGCCCCACGAAUACUGCGCAGAUGCACUGCACGAGGCAUACCCAUCUACUGCGUAGCUUGCACAAGUGCAUUUGGACUGCUCACAUACAUCACUAUCUCUUCGACUGGCUCGACAGUCUUUCACUGGUUCUCGACCCUGAACACAGUCGCGUACCUCAACACAUGGCUGGCUAUCUGCUACGCAUACACACGAUUUCGACGUGCACUCCUCCAUGCAGGCAUAGAUCGCAAUGGUCUAGCAUUCAAAGCCAAGGGCCAGCCGUAUCUGGCGUGGGCAGCAGCUGUCUUUUUUGCCAUUGUCCUCUUCUUCAACGGCUUUGCCGUCUUUACGCAUGGACAUUGGGAUAUCCAGCAGUUUUGCUCGGACUACAUUGGCAUUCCUAUCUUCAUCGGUCUGUAUCUCUUUUGGAAGUUCGUCAAGAAGACAAAAGUCGUGCCCAUUGAGGAAAUAGAUCUUUACACGGGAAGAGUGUCUGAGUCCGAGAUGGAGCAACGAGUCUACGCUAGGUCUUGUUGGGGUCAAUUACAGAAGGGGUGGGACAAGGUUUUGUGA